GUGGUGGUGGUGGUGGUCGCUGAGAGUAGUGGUCUCAGCAUCCCGGGCUCAGCGUGUACUGAAGCUAUUGUGUUGUGGUGACCUAGGCGAGGUUGAAACAGCACCAGGGCCUGCAGGGUGGUGUGCGGUGCCAAAAGCCGCAAGGCCUGGCACGGAACGACGUGCAGCCUUCACUGCGCCUCGCACGGGGCAGUAUCACGCUGCUCUCCAGAUUGUUGGUGUGUGUCUGUGUGCAGGUGUGACUGGUGUGUUAUGGUGCAGCUGCCUGUGAUGUGUGGCGGUGGGGCUAGAUAGUGUGGGGCGGUGGGGCAAAUGGUCAUGCCCCCCAGCCACCACACCAGCCUCAGGAGGAGGACAGUGAGGCCUGGCCAGCCCCUUCCUUCAUCACUAUUGCUGCUAUGGAGGCUGGCUGGUGGCCACGCCCGCCCACCUGCCCGCUACCCCCAGGUGGCUUGGGCUGUGCCAGGUGAGCAGCAUGGCUGAGCCCCAGCACAAGCGGGCCAAGCUGCCCUCCUCAGGUGAGGGCGGGGCUGGGGGCCGGCCAGGCCGGCUGCUGCCCCGCCGUGAUCUGGAGAUCAUCCAUGCUCGUCUGACACACAAGUGCCUCUGCUCCCUGCAGCUGCCAGACAUCCUGCACACGCUGGCCGUCUGCAAUGAAUGCCUGGCCAGCCAGCCUGCUACCCGGCCUGGCCCACUGCGAGAGGAGACGUUGCUCUACACAGGUAUGCUGACGCUCUUCUUUGAGGUGUCACUGAGGCAACAGAGCCGUGGUGUGUUGUGUGCUCGCAUCAGCCAAGUUGCUGCUGCUGGUGCUGAUAAUGAAGCUGCCGUGCUGGAUGUGCUGUUCACUCUCUUGGCUUCCCCUGAUGCCUACAUCAGCUACUCAGCUGCCCGUGCUCUCUCAGCUCUGCUGCUCAUGCUGCGUGGUCGGGCGGGUGAGGUGGUGCUGGAACGGCUGGUGGAGAUAUUGGCCACCUCACCACGUCUGGUGGAGGUGGGCCACUCAGUGGAGGUGGUGCGCCGUGUCAUAGAGUGGAAGGAUUUGGAUGACCACCCACUGGAAGUUGGGGAAGAGGGUGGUCCACCCCCAGAGUGUUCCCGUGUGCGGCUGGCCCCAGCGGAGGCCCAGGGGGCCAAUGAGGUGAAGCAUCUGGCCACAAGCACAUUGGAGCGGCGCUGGUUCGCCUUGGUGGGACGUCUCACACAGCUGGUGAAUGAGUUCUCAGCAGAGCGAGAACAUGUGGUGGUGUCCUUCCUGGCUCUGUGGGAGUCUUUAAUCUCAGUGAAAGCCAACUUGUCUGUUACGGACACCAAGGAGUUCUAUUCAGGACUGGAGCGUCUGAUGGCACCCUUGACGAGACACACGGCAGCAGUGGUGUGGCGCAAAGUGUUGGACUUGUACAACGAGGUGCUCUGCUACGGUAGCACGCUGGCCCUGCAGGACGUGCUGGCUGAGGAGCCUUGUAACCUGGCCCACUUGCUUAUUCGGGCAGUGAAGGACCGCAGAUUUCUAGAGUGUGUGCCUUGUGGAGGGGCAGGAAGUGGAUCUGGCCAUGGGGGGGAGGGUGCAGGGAGCAUGGCUGGUCCAGGACCCAGUUCACAAGGCAUGUCAGUGGGUAGGGAUCCUGGGGAUAGGACUGUGUUGCACAAAGUGGUGCUGGUGGUGCUUAAGGCCAUCGCUGUGACAGUGAAGGAGACACGCUGCGACUCCUCCUCAGAGAACUCCUCCAGGUCUGGCGGGUCUGGCUCGGAGGACGUGGAUAUGGCUAUCAUCGAGCGCAGCCUGCGGGAAGUGGUGCGUAAAGUGGAUGAUUUUGUCAAAGCCAAGCUACCCUUCCACCCUGAGGCUCCUAUGGCUGAGUGGAUGGUACGCCUCUUUGCUGAUCAGGAUGACUGGCUGGUGGAGUCCAUGGUGUGUGGCCUCGACAUCUUCACUGGCCUCGGUCUUCGCAUCAGACAACAACCAGAGCUUCAUGCCUGUGUCAACCCUCACACCACCUUCCUGGUCUUCCUGGAGACGGUGUACUUGGAGCAUGAUGUCCUGCUUGAUCUGCUGGUUUCCAAUGAGACCUGCUUCCUCCUUUACCUUCUCCGCUACCUCAAGUUCAUCCGCCGCAGUUGGCAUGAGUUUGCCUCUCACUGUGGACGCCGCCUGGAAGAGGUCAUGACAGUCCUGAUUCGUUUGCGGUACGCCAUUGAUCGUCUGGUGUCCAAGAACCUCUUUCCCUACAACAUCACUCCAGUUCUCAAGCUGCUGCAAAAGUGUGAGGAAAUGUAUGAGGGUGGGGAGCACUAGGCUUGCCCCUAUCCUUGCAACAGGCAAGGAUGAGCUACAAAGCACCUUAGGUGGGUGCCCUAAAGCUUUUAUGGAAUGCAGUUGAAGGAUGGGGUCAUGGAAAGUAAUCCUUAGUAAGGUCACAGUGCACUGUAACCUUGUCAUUACUGGCAACUUGUGUGAAGGUGUCUUUGUUACUUAGUGAGCAAAGUCAAUAUUACCUCUCUCCUCUGAGUGCUGCAGCCCCGACUGGUGGCACCACCAUGCCGCCCACCUCGGACCUGGGCAGCUGCUUGGGCUCGGUAGGAUGUUCAUAGCAUUAGAGAAACUGAUAUAUCCUCAGUUGCAAUAUCAUAUAUUUUUAUAUUUAUUUAGGUUCUUCAUGUCUUACUUAACAAUGCUCUCUGCUCUCACUCAGAUGUUUUAGAGUUGUGUCAGUAUUGAGGGGAUGAUUUGCUGGUAUGAGGGUGAGGUAUGGCAGAGACAGUAUACAGUAGGGACUAUCUAGCACUUGAGAUCAAGUGUUUUUUUACUAUAUUUGUGUUUUGAUUUUUUUUUUUUUUCAGUGCAUAUAUUGAGAGUGUUUUUUUAUGUAACACAUUGUAAGUUGGUGUAAAAUACCAACGUAAUAUUAAAACGACACAUUCCAUACACUACUUCAUUUCUUACUGUAUCAUUGCAAUGCACACCACAAAUCUCACCUGAAGCACACACACACACACACACACACACACACACACACACACACACACACACACACACACACACACACACACACACACACACACACACACACACACACACACACACACACACUUGUACAUAUUUUGUAUCAGAAGUUUUCAUAUGUGCACAGCAUACAGUAUGGUCAUUUAUACCUCUGUGCCAAAGAUGCAAACUCACAUGGGUCGUACUAUACACACACCACCACGAUCACACAUACCUUUGUGCCAUAUGUCCAUUUAUCUAACACACACACACACACACACACACACACACACACACACACACACACACACACACACACACACACACACACACACACACACACACACACACACACACACACACACACACACACACACACACACAGUUGAAGAUUAGAAAUGUUAUGUCUUUCUUACAAACUCACCUCCAAGACUGAAAUUUUGUAUUUUGCUUUUGUUUGUCUGUCCAUCCAUUUAUUUAUGUAUGAAUCUACCUAUCAGUCAUUUGAUUCUUGUACCUCUGUUUGUGUCAGUUUAUCAUUAUCAUUUCAAGUGUCUCACAAGACCAUGGUUUUGUCUCUUGUUAUUAUAUUUCAUCUGGAAACACACGGCUACGAUCACACUCACUUUUUUUUUUUUUUUUUUUUUACUUUCUCUUAUACGAAAAUCGGGGUAAUAAGGUUGUUGGGAUGAUGCAUUGGAUAGCUUUGUUUAAUAAUUGGUUGUUGAUUUGUAGACCUUGGUUCUUUUGAAGGGAUAUGGUAGUCAAAUUAUUUAUAAUAUGCAGAUGUAAUGCAUAUUCUGUUGCAGUGUGUAACUGGUGAUGAUUGAAAGGCAAUUACUUUUGGAAUUUAUAAUUUUCAAAGAAUCUGAUAGUAUCUAUAUUUUCAAAUAAGGCAAGAUGAAAUUUAUUUUAUUGAUAAGGAAACUUUUAUUAUGGAGAUUGGUCUUUAAUUGCCUAUUAUGCACUACCACUCCUGUACACUAUAAACAAAGGAAGGUUUGACAAGCCUACAUUGUCUACUGGUAUUUAGUUGAUGUCUUUACAUGUCCUUGCAUCAUCUCUGCCUCUGCCUCCCUCCCAGCUGAGGAUACAGACUACCAUGUAUGGGUGGUGUUGUAGGAAAUAGGAAUGACAGAGGAAGUUAAUAUUAGGGAACUCAAAUCAGGAAAACUGGUUAGAACAGUUUAAGUAUAUCGUAUAUUAUGUAUUUGUAUUAUAUUAGUUGUAUGCCCUGUUUGGCAUCAUCAACCCAGUGUUUAAAUGGUUAAGAUUUUUUUUUAUAUAUAUGUAUACUGUUUCUAUUCCCCUUGCUCAUUCUUUCAAACAUAAUAGGUCACACUUCUAAGCAGAAUAACAUAUUGUUAUGUUUUCUGUUUUAAUUUUAAAAUUUAGAAUGUCAUAUGUUGCUGUGGAAGAUUAUUUGACAAUUUGACCCCAGAAAGUGUGUGUGUGUGUGUGUGUGUGUGUGUGUGUGUGUGUGUGUGUGAUAAUUAUGAUUGUAUUGUAAAUGGAAUGAAUUGAUUUUUAUGGAUGUUUUUGUAGUCAUGAACUGAUUGAAUCCACAGAGCACUAAGCACUUGUCCCUUGCCACUGCCAUUAGGAAAUUAACAUUCUUGUAUUUAAUUCCCCCCAACCAAAAUAUCCUUUUACGUAUUUAAUUUUCCCUCACUAAAGUAUGUCCUUGUUAUGUAUUGUAGAUAGCACAUGUUAUUUUUACAAUUUUGUAGACUCUUAUUCACUUGUUAAGAUCUGCACCUUGCACAUUCCUCAUAGUUCAGGACCUUGACAUGGAACCAGCCAUCAGGCAUUCCACUUCCAUGUUUUGAAUCAAGUUCAUUGUUUUGCACUGCCACUCAAUGGAGGAAUUAUAAGAUUUAAUAAAGUUAAUGCUUCACUGGCAGGUAUGGGAGGCAAUCUGACUAAGAAUUAUGUUUUUCAUAUUAAUUUCCUUUCAUGUGUGUGUGUGUGUGUAUAUGUGUGUUGUCUUCAAGGUGUAGCUGGCUCUGUGUGAGGAGAUUGUAUAUUGCCAUAUCCAUCGACACUAGAAGGGAGAAUAUUAUUCUAUUGUACAAUCUGGCCCAUUCUUCUUUUCAUUCACUUUAUAAAAUGAGUCCAAACAUUCCUUUAUGCUCUCUAUUGCUCAAAACAUCAAGAUAUAGAUAUCUGAAGAUCACCAAGCUCACUUGUUUCUGUCUGAGCUAAGUCAUUUUUAUCUCACAAGUAGAGGAAAAAUAGUCACUUACCUUUUUCCACACUGAAAGUAACGCAUUGUUUUGUUUAGUAUUAUCAGUGUUUCAUAAUAGGGUUGUAAAGGUAUAGUAAGAAACAAUGGACUGACAUCAGAAGUUUCUCAUCUGCUGACAGUUGCUGUAGCAUACAAUGGAUAAACUCAGAAACACAGAACAAUCAUUGUUAUAGUUGAUAUUAUAUGAUUACAAAACUUUUACAUAUUAUUUGAUCUUACCCACCCCUACUGCUUCUCCAUAGUGCCAUAUGACAUGCUAUAUGGCAGUCUCCCCUGUUUUUAUUAACUAACUUACUUUUGAAUUAGUAAGAUGCCCAUGAUACUGACUUUUAUUCCUGCAUAUAAUAUAUCAUUACCUUGUUUAUUAUCAUUGUGCUAUCAACAUGACAGAAAUAAGUGUCUGAUUACCCAACAUCAUUCUUACAGAGCAAGUGCUUGUCAUGCCUGUAGGUGAAAGUAUUCAUAGAUCUUAUUGGAAUGAAAGCAGGUCUGGGUAAAUGUGAGGAAUUUAAAAUGAAACAAUAGGAAAUGUUUGAAAAACAGAUUAACUUAUUUUUUUUCUUAGUCUUUAUUUCAUGGUGUAUUUAGUUGAGAAGACAGUGUCAUGUUUAUGAACUGUGUGUGUGUGUGUGUGUGUGUGUGUGUGUGUGUGUGUGUGUGUGUGCGCACUACGGUGUAUCUGUGCAAUGUCCCUUUGGCUCUCCAGUAUUCUAUUCCUUUUGACAGAAUGACUAUUUUUGUAUUUAUUUUUAGCAAAUAUUUAUUUCUGAGAAAUUAAGCCUCCAUACAGACUUUAUUUUUCCUGCAUCAAGCUAAGCAUUGUACAUAGUUUGUUGAGGAAAUGUAAUGUUUUGUUGUUUUAUAGUUAGAUUUUAGUGUGUAGUAAUUUUUUUUGGUAUCUAAACAAAAUUAGAACAGUACAUUUUUGUGUUGAAUUUUUUUUUUUUUUUUUUUUUUUUUUUUUGACUUAUCAUGUAAUUGGCUGAAUGACAAUGGUGAUGGGCAGAGCUCAGACCCUUGGAGUUGUGUGGAAUUCUGCUUGCCAGCUUUCCUUGUAGUGAGUUCCAUUUUGUGGCAGCUCUUACCCUCUGGAAUUUGUGGCCUCAUGGGCUGGCAUCGGUAUGGGGGUGUUCUCAAAAACAAAACUCUAGUCUGUAGAUUUGUGCCAUGGACUCGCUGAGAAGUGGACUCCAAGGAGUUUUGUCUUUUUUAAGUUUUAGUAAACUUGCUUUUCCAUUAAUUUUAAAGCCUGUGUGGGCUUGUUAUGGCAGCAGAGAUGCUUUGUAUUAGCCAGACCACAAUAAUACCAGUGGUGCUGAUAUACCAUUUGAGUCAGGGUAGAAGUUCUAAUAACAGCAGGGCAUCAAAGCCUGAGAAUUAACAUGGUAUAUUGAAAAUAGUUUUCAAAUGGUAAAGAAUCCAAGACAAUGAAAAUUCUUUGCAUUACAAUAUUUCAGCAGGAGUUUGAAUUUUAUACGACCGAAAAGCCAGAGGGUUUUUUGGGUGAUAUUUGAAGGUCUGUGUUUUUAAGAUAGGUUGGUAUUAGAAGUUUACUGAAUAGUACACAAAGAAUGCUACUGAUAAGGAGAUAAGAUUGUUAAUUGUUAAUGUCACACCACAAAUAUUCUAGGGGUAAUUUGCGUGCUUUGUCAUCAUCAUACCAUGUAUUUUUUUAAUAUAUUGAUUUUAAUUAAAAAUUAUGUUA